AUGCGCUGCAUCUCCUCUGGGGCACAAUGUCAAUAUCUCCCUUCUCGGCGGGGCCUGAAGCGGCGGGCAGUCCAUGUUGAUCAGCCCUUGCGUACGACAGAUAGGGUGCCUACGUUUCCAGUGCCUAUUGACCUGAGCAAUCACUCUCCCAGAGCUCCUACACCAUUAACUGCAUGGGAAGCUAGGCCUAGCGAGGAAGCCGCAGGUCGUCCUGCUGCCAAUCACAUCUCAUCGCCCUCCUCUUCCCGGGAUGGCCCUAUGGCAUCUACAACUAGCCAUGUCCCGGUCAGCGCAGACGGUAUGGCCCGAGGUAUUCCGAGCCUUCCGUCAAGACAGGAUCAAGUCCCAGGCUUGACAUCAAUAUCAGUUGAGUGGCAGAAAGAACCAAGUCAUUCAUCUGUGGAAGAUGAUGAGGCAUUGGUCAAUCUGUACUACGCAAAUUUCCAUGCGGCUCAUCCGAUUCUGGUACCUCGCAGUCUGUAUACAUUGCAGGCCUACCCGGAUUAUCUCAAGCUAGUGGUCCAUUUUGUGGGUAGUCAAUUUUCCAGUACUGUCUCUAGCGAUACGCUCUUCGGUCUAGUGACGGACCAAGUCUCCAAAGCUGAAGCCGAAGAUACGCCCAUUACCAAAUUCCAUCUUGUGCAAGCGAAACUACUCUUCUCAAUCGCAAUACACGCCCGAAAUGAAAUCCAAGAGUCUACCACUGUCCUCGCACAAGCCGUAUCCUUGGCUCUGGAGAUAGGCAUGCACAAGAAGAGCUUCCCAAUUGUACAUGGUAUGCGAUCAGCUCUCGAGGAGGAGAGCAUGCGCAGGACAUGGUGGGAGCUGUACGUGACAGAUGGAUUUAUGGCGGUGUUGCAGCGAAAAUCCAGCUUCCACUGUCAUACAGCGGAUACCGACGUCCUCUUGCCGUGCGAUGAGUCCUCUUAUAUGGAAGGCUCGUUCACAAACGAACCCCAGUCGCUCGCCCAAUUCGACGCACGGAUCUAUUCCGAUGAAGAGAUCAUAUUCUCCUCAUUUAGCUACCGGAUCGGGGCGGUGCGUCUUCUAGCAAGGGUCCUCGCCAUUGCCUGGACGCAUGAUCUAGAUGAGGAUCAUGUCAAGAUAAUUGAUAGCGCCCUUGCGGCGUGGCCACACCACCUAGAUGCGACCAAGACCGACAUGUGUAAUGGCGAGGACGAGAUGCUCUUCCAGGGACACAUGUUUAUCCAGUUCUGCAUCAUGUACCUUCAUUUCCCGCGGAGUGAUCUUGUGGCAACCAUCCCCGGUGCCGGCAAGGUUAUUCGGCAGCAACAGCUGUUACCUGUAUAUGAUAGGAAGAUGCACGGUAUCAAAGCCCUGGUGGCUUCGAAGCAAAUCAUUAACCUUGCUACCUUGCAAGUUCCGGUGCAGAAACACACGCCGUUUUUCAUCUGCGGUAUUGUCUUUGCCGUCCUGGUACAGCUGUCAGCAUGUUGUUUGGCCGGCGCAUAUGGCACUCCGGACCAGUUCCACGAUCGCAUCUCACUUAUAAUAGGCAUGCUCAAGACAUUAAGUCCGAGUUGGGCGUUGGCGAAGGUUACUCUGCGGAGGGUCAAGCGCAUGGCUUUGGAGACAUUGUCCGGGGACGAUAGCCACAAGGCUGCUGCUGUGCAGCUUAUGUCGCCCAAUGAUAGCAGGAUAGACUUUGUCACGCAUAUGUAUGACCUGCCUACCGAUGAUCUUCCGUGGAUUGAUCUGUUCCGUUGGGGGGACAACAACGAGAGGACAUUAUGA